GUAAUAGAAUUCCUGAUGCUACUGACAGUCAGCGGAUUAACAUGGGUCCACAUAUACUGAUAAAGAAGAGGCAACAAGAUGUGGUGAGGUUUCUGGAAGCCAAUCGUAUAGAGUUUGAAGAGGUGGAUAUCACAAUGUCAGAGGAGAAAAGACAGUGGAUGUAUAAAAAUAUUCCUGAGGACAGGCAGCCUGCACAAGGCAAUCCACUGCCACCACAGAUAUUCAGUGAUGAUCGGUACUGUGGAGAUUAUGAUGGCUUUUUUGAAUCAAAGGAAAGCAACACUGUCUUCUCCUUUCUCAGACUGAAACCUAGUUUGGCAUCAAAGGAGUCAGAACCCUAGAACACCUGUCUAAAGCUUCGACAAGCACAUCUUCUGAAUGGAUGACCCUGUUCUUCAGCACACGAUGGCUUCCCUAAUGGAUCACUGUGAUAGAGCAACAUGCAUCAUCAUUAGUAUUCUGCUUGCCACUGGGAUGGUGCUCACCAACAAUAUGGAAUUAAUAACGUAUAUGAAAUGGGGUUAAGACAGAGCUACUCAUCUUCCUUUUCAAAAAUAUUUUUUGUUCAUAUUUCAUGUUUGUUUUUAGAUAGCUUUUGUACCUAGCACUGACAUUCUGUCUGACACAUAUGUUUGAGGAUGAAUAGUGGUCAUGUAGAGCCUGUAUUGUUUAUAGAUACACUUACGUAGUCAGAUUCCUUACCUUUUUAAAUUCUUGUAACUACAGCACUUGGAAUUAGCUCACUGUGAUAGUUAAAGUGCUGGUGCUUAUUAGGACGUCUGUGCUACCUACAAUCCAUCAGGUAAAAACAGUCAAUCUUAAGAUCUCAGUCCAACCUAAGAACUGCCAUAUUUCCGCUCUACCUGUAUUUAUUUUGAUUUUUAUGCUAGCAUAUGUUUAUUUUAAGAGAUAUGGGCUGCUAAGCUUGGUCAUAAAAACUUGAUUUGCCUCAUGAAGAACAUUGCAACUGGCUGUUUAAAAACAAUUGUUAUCGUGGAGGGGGUGCCAAGAUAAAAUAUUUUGACAUGGAUCCUUUUCAAAAUACAGGUAAAAUGUGCAUGGAUAGAAAAUAGUGGCUAGUUCAGAAGAAGAGGUCUCACAGAUAAUGAUCAUAUUAAGUAACAUCUUAAGUGAGACAGCAGAAUCCCAAGUUAGAGCUCUGGAGCUCUUCACUUGGACUGUCUUAAAAUGAAAAUUUGCCAAAACCUUGAGUUUACCUCCAGUAACACACUGCUCCACCAUUAUCCACGUAAGAACCAGGAGGAUACUUUGAGAGUGAGGGCUCAAAUCUGUAGAGGGUUAAAUGCUCUGCCCUUCUCCAGGAGCACACCUAACUUGCUCAGCUCUUGUUCCCAUAUGUGCUGUUCUCCCCCCCCUCCCAUGGGGAGGUAUGCCUCAAAGAUGAUAAGAAAGCUGGGUGUGUUCUUUGCUGGAUGAAGCUACACUAGUCAGCCCUACUGAGGAGCAGAAGCUAGGGAAAGGAGGUGGAGAGUGUCCCCAGAGGGAUUGUUCUGAGGCAUAUAGCAGAACUUUGGCCCUUGACUUGCCAAUAAGCAUUGCAAAAUGCAUUUUAGUAAGAAGUCAAAUUGCAUUCUGCAUUAUGAAUCACUUCUAGCUAUUUAAAUAACAGCUAAGCUGUAAUGUAGUUUAUGGUUAGUGAUUUCAUAAUGCUAGGUAGUACUAUUCCAAUAACUGUCCUUAUGUCUUUGGGUAAGUGACAGAUGACCACUAUGCGCGAGAGCUUCUCUGCAAUCCCAUUUUCACUCAGAUUGUGGCUAGAGAGAAGCCAAACUUCUUGUAAAAACUAUCAGAAAGCAACUCUCUCUGUGUAACAAGUGACAUUUCUGUUAAAAUCAGUAACCUUAGUUGUCCUUUCCAACCAACUAGGAUGCUGAAGGUCAUCUAGUCCAGUACUGUGUCAGAAUCAGGGCAAACACCAACACUAGCUCAGGCUUUGUCUGGUAGAGUGUCAAAUACAUCCAAAGAUGGAGAUCUCAUAACCUUCUAGGUAGCCUGCGGCAGUGCUGCACUACUCUCCUAGUAAAAACUUUUUUCCUAAUGUCUGACCUGAACUGCCAAGCUGUCAUUUGUGGCUGUUGCCUCUUUUUUUUUUUUUAAUGUUGUUUGGUAUUCACAGGAAGAAUUUGGCACCAUCCUUUUUGUAACUACCUUCCAGAUAGUUGUGGGCUACUACUAGGUCACCCCUUAGCCUUCUUUUUGCUUGACUGAGCAAACCCAGCUUCCUCAGCCUCUCUCUACAGUUCGUGUGCUUUAGGCCCCUGGCUGUCUUAGUUUGGUGGAGGACUCCUCCCAGCCUGUACUGAUGCAUGGCCACCCCCAGGUACAGAACUUUGCACUUUUUCCUAUCAAACCUCAGGAGGUCUCUGUUGGCUCCAGGUUAUUGAGAUCCCCCUGGACUGAGGCUCUGCCAUCUGUUGUCAGCCACUCUUCCAAGUUCAGUGUCAUUCACAGAUUUGCUGAGGGUACACUUGGGUCAUCAUUCAAGUCCUUGAUGAAGAUCCUGAACAGCAGGAGAACUGUAGCCUCCAAAUUUUGGAUAAGAGCUUACCUGAGACUACAGGGGUAUGACAUGAUCAAUGUUUGUGACUACUGAUUGUUAUGGUAAAGAAUAAGUUAUCUUCCUGCAUGAUGUUGUCUCAGCCACAACCUGCUUACAACUGUAUGUUUUUUCCCUUUAGUACAAAGGCAAAAAAGUUUUAAAAAAGGAGAAGCUAAAGGAAACCAUUCAUAAAUAAUUUUCUCUUUGGAUUCUCCUGUGCCUUCUCAGCUCAAUUAAAGGAGCUAGAUGGAACAAGAGCACACACCCCAUGGUUAUAUUUACUAUUUAAAAUCUUGGCAGCAGCACCUUCUCUAGGGGAAUCCCGAGUGGGAACUGAUAACAUACAUAUAUGUAUAUGUAUAUAUAUUUUUCAGAAUUAUAUAGUUGCCUGUGGUAAGUUACUGUGACAUUCUUGUCACUAAUUCCAUAUUUUUAUGAGACCCAAACUUCACUAUAAGAAUAUGACAAAUAAGGCAUGAGCCAGAGCUGUACUUUCUUAACUUUAAUAAAUUCUAUGUGACAGUUUCUAAGUGAGGAAAAUAAAAUUUAACGUCACAAAGAAUGUGGAUAUGAAUUUACAUAAUUACACAGUCAAUUACAGAGAAGCCAUCCUGGAUUUAUCAUGUACUUGAUAUGUUGUAAACUUUGAGAACUGCCUGAAGACCUAGUUUUGAAAAACUUACAGAAGUAUAUCCACAUGAGUAAUCCCAGACUUACUGAUGUGAAUGAUAAAACUCACACUGAUUUCUCCAGGGCUGAAAUUGAUUUCACAAACCUCAGAACAGAAGCCUCUAGUUUAGUGGCGAGCAAAUUCUAUUAUAACUAUUAAGUAAAAAUAGCUUAUUUCAAAGCGUUCAUAUGGACAUGAUUAAUUGUAUAGAGGAAAAUACUAGCUCCAGAGAUACCCUGCUUGCUUGCAUGGAUUGGUUUUAUAAGUCCAUUAGAUUAUUUGCUUUUGAGUUGUAAGUGGCUAGUUUAAGAAAAAAAAGUACAUAUGUUACUUGAAUGUGAAUUUUGUCUGAUGUGCUACAGCCUUAUUUUUGUAAUUAAAGCAAGUAGAGUUUUAGUUUGUUACAUAAGAUGACCUGUAAUUUUUUAAACUGGUUUUGUAAUAAUGAAAUGUAACUAAUGAGGUAACUGAAAAGCUCUGUGGAGAUUAGAACCGUUCUUGAAAGAAUUCCUGAUUUUAUUUAAAAUACUUUCAUAAAAGAAAGUGUGCUCAAGAGCCAAAUGGUCCCAUUUUUAGCUAAUACCUAUAACUAACUCCACUUUUUAAAUGGGAGAACAGUGUGAACUAAACUUUAAAUCUUCAUAUCUAGUUAAAUUUGCUGUGUGGACGUAUGUGCACACACACAUUCACUGUAUCAGUGGCUUUGAAAAGAAAUGUUUCUGUUUGUGCCACACACUACUGGUUAGUGCCUUGUCAGAAAGACGACUGUUGUUGUAGGAGCUUCUUAGAUAUGAUUAAACUUUAAACUCAGAAAGGGGUAGUUUAUAUGACUAUUAUUUUGUAAUAAUACAGUAAAUUAAUAUGGGGGCCUAAGAAGAAAGACAAAUGCUUUGUAAGGUUGAAACAGUUUUUGAUGAGUCUUGUAAACUCCUGAUUUUUUUCUUAGGGUGGCUUUGUCUCUAUCUGUCUCUCUAUUUUUCUUUCUUUCUUUUAUUUUUAUUUUUUUUUGUAUGUGAAAUUAUUUUAGAAUUGAGCCUUCCAAGGAAGUGGUCCUGGAGUAAAGCCCUUAAAUCUCUGUUUAGGCUCAAAAAUGACUAUCUAUUUCACGUGCUGAGCAGCCCAGGCGCUAUCGCUGAAAUGAAGAGGAGCUGCCAAACUCUCAGUAGCCUUCUUGGUUCUUCCUCCCUCUCUCUUCUGUCAGGCCACUUAUUUUCGGAGCCCAGUUCUUGGAAUAACAUUAUUCAAAAGUGGGAGCCUAUGAUUUUAGGCAGUGCCUUGUGGCAGGGGAACUGCCUUCGCAUGAGUGUGAAAGUGGGGUCUUAGCCAGGGAGUGCCAAAUCCUGUUAGUCUUCCUUGACUUGUCUACUGAUUCUGGUACAACUAUUUGGGUGAGCAGUGCAAGGAGGAGUGAGCCUUGCAAUAUUCACCCUGCUCAGAGAGCAGAAAUGGAAGGAAUUGUGCAGAAUGGCAAAUAGCAUCUUUAUGUCACCCUGAAGAGUGGUUCUUACAUGGGCUCAUUGGCUUAUCCUUCAUCCUCUUGCACACAAAAGGCUCCCUUGCAGAUUUGAGAGGGAAAAUGGAGAACGGCUUCUCAAGAGUGUUCCUUUAGCCAGGGCAGACUGGGCUUACUCCCUUCUUCCUACUCUGUCCCUCUUCCUGGUGUGCCGGGUCCUGGUUUGCACAGACUUCUGUGCUCCUGCUCUAAACCGUUUUGGUGACAUUUAUGUGACAUUGCAAGUGUAGAGCUGGUGUGCACCUUGAGUCUCCGUGUUUUGUAACCCAGUGGGAGAGGGAGCACGUUGCAUCCUAGGCUGUGUACACGUGGAGUUUUAAAUUAUAUAUUACGACUGUGUUCAUCUAAUAAAAAAUGUAAGUCAACAAAA